ACAAAAAUGGCGGCGCGCUCGUAGCGGUUGUUUUGACGAUUUAAGUGGUUCGUUGCACGGACGUAGCUUAGGCCUUAGUUUUUUCUGUUUUGUUUUUGCUUGAGUUUCAACGGAUAAAGAUGUCAGCUGAAAAGGACAGAAGAUACCAGGAAGUGUACCGGAAUCGCUUUGUGAACCCCAUUGAUCAAGGAGUUGGCAGACGGACAGGAUGGGUGCUAAACAGGGAAGUUCGCAAAGACAGUGAAGGCUAUGAGGUCUUUGAUGACUACUGGUCAGACUCAGGUGAUGAAAGUGUUGAUCUAUCCCUCCGUGCCAAUAAAGAAAAUAAAGGAAAAGCAUAUAAGCUGAGUUCUCCACUGAAGAGCAUGCCUGACUUCACUCCAAGCUCCCGCGCCAGCACUGAUGUGGAACCCCUGUCCGACAUUGGCCUUAAAGCCGGCAUUUCAACUUCCUCCAAAACCUCCAACGGUGCUGCAGAUCCUGCCAAGUCAGUCCAAAUCAGUCGGGCAAAGACCAGCGAGGAGACCUUGCUCACUGAAGUGGAGAAUGGAACAGCCAGCAUGGAGGAUGAGGCUGAGGUUGCCAUAGCAACACCAAGCCGUGAUGGAGGGAUACAAGAGUCAGACAUCACCGGCAGCAUCAUCAAAGGAGGCAAUUCUUUCCAGGUUCCCAACUCAGCGCUUCAGGAAUUCAAGACCAAGACGAGGCUGAGUUUUGGCAAUGAUGUGGACAACACACCAAGGACAUCCACUCGUAGGAGUUCAGCUAGAGCAGUAAAGAGUCAUUGUGAUGAUGGAAGCACGUCAUCUGAGGCUACCUUAAAAGGCUCUCAGUCAGACGAGAAUUCAGAAGGCCUUAGCACAGCCAAAGAGGAGAUGUCACCAGAAAGAGCAGAACUUGGGACUUCUGUUAUGAUACGGAAGACGGUGCCACAGACCAAUGACAAAACACACCAAUCUGUUGAAGAAAUAUCGUCAGAGAAAGACCUACCAGAUGAAGCCUUAUCCAAACAGAUGUCAGACCGGGAAAUAAUGGAGUCAAAGAAUGAAGCUGUGAAACAGAAACCCACAAGGAAAAGUACAAGCGGAAGACCAAGAGCACCAAAGCAACCAACUGACAGUGAUAACCAGGAGACAACCGGUGCACGGAAGUCGACAAGAAGAAGGAAAAGAAAUGUAAGGCUUGCAGAGGAAGAUACUUCGGGAGAUGAAGGGAUGUUCAUAUCACUCCACAAAUCAGUUGUGAACCAGCAGGACCGAACCAAAGAGGCUGCAUCAGACGUGAUUAAUAUUGACAGAAAUUAUGAAUCUUUCCAUGAUGCUGAUGAUGAAGAAAUGGUGGAAAUUGUGGAUGAUGAUAGCUCCUACAAAUCCACCUUGAAUCCCAGGGCCAAGAGUAGAGGAACUGUGAAAAGAGGCACAACACAAACCAAGUCGAAGAGAGAUGAUGAUGAUUUGCAGUCUAAAACACAGAGUCAGAGAGGAAAACAAAAGAAGGCAGACAAGCAAGAGGCACCUGCCAAGGAUUUUGUCGAUCUUGUGACUGAUGAAGAAGUUCCAAGUUCUACCAAGGAGAUAACUGAAAGCAUGCAAGGACAGCAAUCUUUAAAAGGUUCAUCCAGUGAAGAAAGCAAAGCAGAUGUUGAGAAAGCAAGGCAACAGCCCAAGACAUCACAGUCAAGGAGGUCCAAGGCUAGAAGUAGAUCACGGAGGGCAGCUACGAACAGCAGUGACAUUGAGAAGUCUGGUGCUAACGGCUCCAACUUGGAUACUGCAAAAAGAAAACAGUCCAGGAGACGACAGACCAAGACAGCCCAGCAGAGCUUGAGUGGUUUCACAGGCAGUAACGAGACUAGCUCAACAGGAACAGAUGAAGAUGAUGGUAGAAGAAAGAGCAGACGGCAGAAGCCUAAAUUACAUGCAGCUGCUUCCACGAUGGAAGACAGUAAAGGAGCUGAAGAUGUAAUAGAAGACAAAGUCCAGAACGUAGAUAGUAGCAAGGUCAGCAGGAAAAGAAAUAGGUCCUUGAAGAGCAAGAAGCCCAGUGACAGUGAGACUGUUGAAGAAGCAGAAACUGAGGCUGAUACCAACGGUGUGGAGGCAGUUGAUCAGGAAGGGCUUCUCCCAAACUCAGCGCACCAGGAAAAGCAGUCUUCAUUCAAGCGUCCAACCACAGUAUCAAGGAUAUCAGCAAGGAAGAAACGCACCAGUGUGCACUUCUGCAGCGUGGAGGUCAUCUCUGAUGAACCCUCGCUGCCUACGGUAGGGGAGGUACCAGUUGCAGGGAAGGCACCUCUGUUAGGAGCCAUCAAAUCCCCAUCUCCUCAGCAUGCUCUUGAUGUAGACGAUAGUGACAGCUCUCCAAGAAAGAAAUUUAAGGGGACUUCAGGUGUGAAACUUGUUCAAAGAUGCUCCACCUCCAGGAGAUCAGAAGUUGGUGAGGAGAAACCCGACAAGAUGCCUCCAAAGAGAACCAGUGAGAAUGCUGUUGAAGCCGUGGUCACCAAGAAACAGUCUGAGCCAUCAUUAUCGCCAGUGGUGAGGGGUGGCAGGAAGAGAGGAGGAAAGAGGAAGCUCUACUCUGGUGAUCUACCAAGCAGCUUCCUCAAUGAUCCAUCUGUCCCAGGCCCUCCUUCUGCUGCUGGGAUAACAAGUAAGGGCCAUGCAACAGCUGAAGACAAGGAGAAUCCAGUCGGAAGUGAAGAAAACCCGACCCAGGAGGCUCCAGUGAAGACUGUCACUGCAUCUGGCAGGGGAAGAGGUAGAACUAAAGGCCGAGGCAGAGCCAGAGGUGGUGGUACUACGAGGAAGAUGAAAGCUCAAGAAAUCCAAGGAUCAGACGACGUAGUCUUGAAUUUUCUGAACAAGUACGAAAGCGGUAAGGAGAGUGAAUCAACAGAUUCUGAGGGUGGACCUGUAACCAUUGCAACAACAGAAGCACCUGAGACAAUGAUGGAUGAUAGCACAGGCUCUACCCCAUCAGGAGGCAUGUGCACUACAGUAUAUCCUGAGCCAACACCACGAUCCAUUCUGAAGGAUACUGCUAUUAGCAAUGUCAAUGCUCGCAAGAAGAACCUUACAUUACAGUUCUUUGAAGUGCCUAAACGGAAGCCAAUCAUUGGUAAGUCCCCUGGUUAA